GGUCGAUCACGUCGGACGUGUUUGGGGUGCCAGAGUUUACGAUUCCGUUCUGUUAAAGCGAGUGAAUUUACGGGUCGCGUUUUGCGACGUCGGGAUUGCAGAUUCAGACAGCGUCGGCAAAAUUUAAUUGAUAAGCUCCAAAGCAUCAUUAAUCGGUUGUGCCCCUCGUUUUGCGAUUUCGUUUUCCUCUUCUUUCUGCUUCGGUUUUUGGGGUUAGUGUGGGGGUUGUUGUGGGUGGCAUUUUGCCCGUGUGUAAUCUUAUGAAUGAAAAUGAUAAAUUGCAUUAGCUGAUGAUUUGCUGUUGUGUGGGAAGCAAUGCUAGAUAGUGGUUGGUGAUGUUUGUCGUUCUGUUUGGGUAAAAAAUAACCAUAAUAAGGAAAAUGAUGGUUGCAUAACGAAAGUGUUAACGAAAGUUUGUAGUUGUGUAGUGAAGAAGAAGUGAUUCGAGGCAAGAAGCGAAAGGAAAUCAAUUUCUACCAACAUAGUUUGAUGAAAAUCGAAAAAUGAGUUCUUUCCUAAUGGGAUACCCGCACCCGCAUCUCCAGUCCAUGGGAAUAAACAUCGAACCAAAAUUUCCCCCGGCAGACGAAUACGGCUUUCACAAUGGGUACAGUAAUGUGCCGGGCAUUACGCAGGCCGGAAACGACUACUUGCAUCAUGCCCAGAGCGAUCUGCUGCACCAUAAUGGCGGUCAGAAUGCUAAUGGAGGUUACAACACCUACGCGGCCCAUCAUGGGAUGGGUUACUAUCCGCAUCAUCACCAUCACCACCAUCAUCAUCACAGUGGGUAUGGCGGAUCGCCGGUCCAUCAAAUGCACCCCGUGGCCACUCCAAUCUCGACGCCCACCCCCAUCGUCCAGCAGCAGCCAUCCACGCCAACUGGCGGCAACUCGACACCAAAUCAAACCACCAAUAAUAAUAAUAAUAAUGGAUACAUGUCGUCCAAUACGACGUCGUCUUACUAUGCCGGAUAUUACAGUGCCACGGCAACGGCGACGGCGGCCGCUGCGAACACCAACAACGGCAGUAAUGGCAGUCCCGGCCUAGGAGGACACCACAAUCAUCAUCAGCCGCUAAUGGAUGUCCCGCUACAGUGUGAUGUCAGCGAAGUUAGCAAUACUGCAUUAGGUUUACAAGAAUUAGGUAUGAAAUUGGAUAGGCGGAUAGAAGAAGCAGUUCCGGCAGGGCAACAGCUUCACGAGAUUGGAUUGAGACUGAGAUGUGAUGAUGCCGGUUCAGAUCAGGAUGACUAUCUGGAUGAGGAACAGAUGAUGCUGGAUCGAUCGCCGGACGAGCUGGACUCGAACGACGGCGAUCUGGAUGAUCUGGACUCGGAUGUGGACCCGAGCGAGGAUGGAAUCCAUGUGACGAGCGAUGGGGAGCGUAUCAUCUAUCCGUGGAUGAAGAAAAUCCACGUCGCCGGUGCCUCGAACGGAACCUACCAGCCCGGGAUGGAACCGAAACGGCAACGGACCGCCUACACCCGGCACCAGAUCUUGGAGCUGGAGAAGGAGUUCCACUACAAUCGGUAUCUGACGCGGCGCCGCCGGAUAGAGAUUGCCCACACACUGGUGCUGUCGGAGCGGCAGAUUAAAAUAUGGUUCCAGAACCGGCGGAUGAAGUGGAAGAAAGAUAACAAACUGCCCAACACGAAGAACGUGCGGAAGAAGAACGCCAACGGGGGCACGGCCGAUCCGGGGGGCAAGGGCACCGGGAAGAAGGGAAAUGGAGGUGGGGGAGGUCGCAAGAGACAACAGCAGCAGCAGCAACAAUCUGGCGGCUUAUCGGCGGCGCAGGCCAAGAAGCAUCAGCUCAACCUGCAAAACGAAUGCCUCCGCACCGAGAGCAGCCUGGACAGUAUGACGGACCUGCACAACUCCCUCAACGGACCCUCUAACAACAAUAAUAACAACAAUAGUGGCCUCCCGGGGGUACAUCCGUUCAUCACCGCCUCGGACGUAACCGGAGUGUUGCCCGUGGGCGGUAGCUCGAAUGGUGGUGGUCCGGGCAAUAACAUCAACAACAAUAAUAAUCACAACAACAAUGCCGCCGGUCAAGAUAUGACAGCUCACGGUCAGCAAUCUCUGUUGAGCUCGGACCUUACCCAUUCCAUCACCAUCAAAAGUGACUACGAUCUUACGACUCUGUAGAGGACCACAACUCAACGAGAAGCUACUAGCUACACUAGAACUCUAAGUAGGCGAUGAAUAUUCCCAUCUCUGGUAUUAUGUAUUGCUCAUUUAUUUCUGAAAGCCCCAACGGUCACUAAAGCGUGAAGGCGAAUAAAAAAGGCGAGGCUAGCUUCGAUGGUAUUUUUUUGUACAGACGGUGUUUCCAAUUCAGUUGAGUUGAGAUCCUCAAUAAUUGAUAAUCUGUUCUAUGGUUCGCAUGAUUGAUCGAUUUCCAAAUUUUUCUUUUGGUUUUAGAAAGAUUAGUACCUUAUAAUAAAUAGUAUACUCACACCAGCAACUAACACUAAACGUAAGAAAUCUCUUAUCUGUAAUUAAUUUGGUAACAGUGAAAACGGUUUCAACCCUGAUUGGAACCCUCUUUCAAUGAUACACACAAUUCGGAUGAAACAGUGAUGUAGUAUUUAAGGAAGGAAUUAAUCAAAACAAAUAGUUCUGUAAAUAGCGCUGUACAAAUGAGAAUAACUUUAACUACACACAAAGAACGAACAAAUAAAUUUAAUAAAGAAAAAAAAACACUUCAAUAUAGCCAUAAACGAAAUAAUAGGUUUUGUGCCAUUGGUUGUUUAAGUCAUAUUUGUUUACAUUUCAAAAAGAAAAAAUAAACAGAUGUAAUUCGGUUUGCCAUUUUUUUUUUUGUCUUCACAAAAUCACAGUUUUCGCAAGAAAUCAUAUGCAAACAAUGUUUGUGACUAGGUAUAUCUUGAGGUUUUAGCAAGUUAAGAUUUAUGGAAUAAAAAUAAAAACGAAACACUCGUA